GGAACGAUGACGCUCCAAACUUUGACUCCACAUUUGAGACUUGACGAAAGACAUGAUCAAGUGCUAGACAGGUCGGUCAAACAUGGAAGAAGCAAUAUGAACAGCGACCAACAUCAUCCUCCCUUGCGACCGCGACCUCGCCAACGGUCCCCUGCCGGUCCUGCUCCGUCCCUGUCGCACCGGAGCGCAUCGAGCAUGUCGGCGGCCACAAUAGACAACACCCCCAAACACCAACAGCCGCAACCGCAACAGCAAUACGCUCCUCGCCCUAGUACUGCCCAUUCUACCACCGCACCACCCUCUGCUCUUGCCAACUUCUCGCGCCCUCAACCUCGCCAGUCGAUCGAUGCUCAACUGCGCAUGACUUCUCCUCCGCCGCCUCCACCGACUGCCCCUCCAUCCAUCCACCAACGAGGCCGUCAACACUCGCAAGGCUUCUUUGAACCUUCUCUACCGCACACUUCGCAUAUGCCGGCUUCUCAAAUCGCCGCUCAAGCCGCCAUGCACCACAUGCUCAAUUCGAACCAGGACCGCAAGCGACCAACUCCUCCCUUGCAGCCCAUCAACAUCGCUGCCAGUCGAGCCGACCGUCGCAUAGCCUCGCCCACCUUGAUGAGCCCGCCACCGCAUCAAUCGAUCCACAUGGACAGUAGAAUCACUGCUACCACCGCCGCAAACGUCGCCUUUCCUCGUAGUCCUGGUCCCAUGCCUUCACCACAUGCCAUAACCGCAGAUCAACCCGUCUCCGCCCCACCACCACCGACUCCAAACGACACAAAGGUCAAAGAGCGAUCCAAGAUGAAGCUGUUCCACAAGCCAAAGAGUAUUGCUAUCACAAAGGACAAGGACCUUGACAAGAAAGCCGCCCCGGCUCUAUCCUCUCCCAACCGUGGUUUGCUGCGCGCCGGCCUCGCAAGUGCCUCGAUGAUCAGCCUUAAUGACCCAAGCUCUUCUGCUGCUUCGGUCUACUCAUCUGCGAAUACUUCGACUUCGACCUUGGUCCCAGUCACCACUACUGCAACUGCCACGGGAGAAAAGAAAGAGGACAAGGAGAAACACAGACAUCACUUCUUGUCAAGGCAAAAACAAAAAGACAGAGGUGCUCUGCCGCUAUCUUCUGCUUCAUCAAAUUCGACCGCUGUAGAUCCAAAUGCGCCGCAAUCACUAUAUUCUUUUACCCCUCAAUCUCCUGGCUUUUCCAAAUCUGUCAGCGGUCUGGACUUGCGACAUGCCGGACGUGCUUUGAGGGAAAAGAAGAAAGAGGAAAAGGCUGCUGCCGCCGCUGCUACAAACCUGACGCCUAUCAUGUCCAACAGCUCUGGGAACUUGCUACGAGAUGACUCGAGAAGCGAUUUUAUGGGUCCCAGCAGUCUGGACUCGGCCUCGAUACUUGGUCCCCCAAGCAGUGCCUCUCUUUUCUCUCUACCUUUGUAUGAGGCACAACCUACAAUGUCAGCUGCUGCCUUCAACACACUAGGAAACAGUAUGGGCUUGCAUGGAAUCACAGCCGACGAUGCUUGGCCACUACUAAAAGCAAGGUUGCUGAACAUUUUCUCUGGUGAAGAUCUACGGACACCUAUUGAAGAUUUCAACCUUUUAGUCUCGGUGCAUAUUCGUAGAUGCGUACAGAAGCGCGCCCCCGUAGUCUUGGUAGAGGACCUACGAGAACUACUUGCUACGGGCUUCUCUUCUCUUGCGCAAACGUUACGAGGUGUGCCAGACGAACGACUGGUUACGCGGCUGGUUGCCAUCUGGCAGAUGACUUUCAGUUCGAUUCUUCCCUUCAUCCAAGCCGUCUUCUUACCACUUGAUCUUGAGUUCAGAGGUCAUGGUAGUAUAAUGAGUGCAAGAGAAGCUCAAGAGUUCUGGGGUGCCUUUGUGCCUGCAGAGAUGCCUCCACCAUUUUCGCGUAAACAAUCUUCAUCAUUUGAUGAGAUGAGACCGAGUAGUUCUGGCGGCGCAACCAUAACGAGCAAUACUUCGAAUCGCAUGCCUGGACUUGGAGAAGAAUUGGAUGUUCGCAGGAUUGCGCUGAUCGUGUUUCGCGAUGUGGUGCUGUUGCCUCGUCACGAAUCACUGCUGGCAAUAUUCUCACGCUUAUCACUGGAAAGCAUAAACACAGCUGCUUCAUCCAAUAACCUUUCCUCUUCGCCACCGAUAUCUGGAAAUCGCGGAAGAGGCUUGUCCAACCCAGCAGCAGGAGGAACGGAGAGACCAUCGACAGGCGGCUCGCUCUCUCCACGGUUAGGAAGCAGCUACAACAGCAACAACACAACCUACCUCGACAACUCAUCCACCACAAUAGUCUCUAGCCCACCACCCCAACACUCACGCUCCCGCGCGGCUUCAAACACCUCAGCCGGCUCUUUCGGCACCUCACUCCCCCAUACGACCUCCCACUACCCAGCUCCCUCCAUCGACAGCGUAACCUCCGCACCCCCAUUCUCAUCCUCAUUCUCUCCCGACCCCAAUGGAAAAAUGCCGAUCCUUGCAGACCCGGCACAAGUCACUCAAACGGUGGCCAGAAUGUUGCAAUGUGUGAGUGUUGUUGCGGGAGCGCAGACGGGGGAUCAGAGUCAAGCUGUUGUGGAGAGGUUGACGAGGGAAUUGAAGUAUAAUUGGUUGGGCAGGGGGAGAACUGGACGGCAGAGGAGGGGUUGGGUGGGUGUCAAGGGGAAGAAUAGUAUGGGUCAGGGUCAGGGGCAGCAAGGGCAUGUUAAUGGAUUGGGCGUUGUGGGUGCUUGAGUGUGGGUCCAUCAGCUCGUGGUUUCGAUGGGAUUGGGAAGGAAUUUGAAGGAGAAGGAGGGUGUUUUGGGUACUGGCACGGCAACUGGAAAAUGAGGACUAGGCGUAAUGACAAUGGAGAAGAAAGGGUAUAAGGCAUGAUUAGCUAAAGGGAGGUUCUCUGGAUACCACACAUCAGACCCAAAGCAGGGCGUUUUUGGACAAUGGGAAGACCCUGGUAAAUAGCUCAGUGGCAUAAUGACAAUGUCUUUCAGACACGAUGAU